UGCCUCGUGGGUGCAUGCGCAGCGGCCCCCACGGUAAAUAGGGCAGUUUUUAGGCCAGCGUGAGACCUCGAGGUCGGAAGAUAACUGUCGCUGCCGCCUUGCCUUCGCCUCGUCCACGCCCGAGCCGGGUCACAGGCUCCUGAGCUCUUUCUGCUCCCCGUCGUCGGCUUCCCUCCGCGGCGCGACUCUCAGGGCCAAAAUGAGUCUGUUUGGAACAACCUCGGGUUUUGGAACCAGUGGGACUAGCAUGUUUGGCAGCACAACCACAGAUAAUCACAACCCUAUGAAGGAUAUUGAAGUAACAUCCUCUCCUGACGAUAGCAUUGGUUGUCUAUCUUUUAGCCCACCCACCUUGCCGGGGAACUUUCUCAUUGCAGGAUCGUGGGCUAACGAUGUUCGCUGUUGGGAAGUUCAGGAUAGUGGACAGACUAUUCCAAAAGCUCAGCAGAUGCACACUGGGCCCGUGCUUGAUGUCUGCUGGAGUGAUGAUGGGAGCAAAGUAUUUACAGCAUCAUGUGAUAAAACUGCCAAAAUGUGGGACCUCAACAGUAACCAGGCGAUACAGAUUGCACAGCAUGAUGCUCCUGUUAAAACCAUACAUUGGAUCAAAGCACCAAACUACAGCUGUGUGAUGACGGGGAGCUGGGAUAAGACGUUGAAGUUUUGGGAUACACGGUCAUCAAAUCCUAUGAUGGUUUUGCAGCUCCCUGAAAGGUGUUACUGUGCUGACGUGAUAUACCCUAUGGCCGUGGUGGCAACUGCAGAGAGGGGCCUGAUUGUCUAUCAGCUGGAGAAUCAGCCCUCUGAAUUCAGGAGGAUAGAAUCGCCGCUGAAACACCAGCAUCGGUGUGUGGCCAUUUUUAAAGACAAACAGAACAAGCCGACCGGUUUCGCCCUGGGGAGCAUCGAGGGGAGAGUCGCCAUUCACUACAUCAACCCUCCGAACCCCGCCAAAGAUAACUUCACCUUCAAGUGUCAUCGCUCUAACGGGACCAACACGUCCGCUCCGCAGGACAUCUACGCGGUAAACGGGAUCGCAUUCCAUCCUGUUCACGGCACCCUUGCAACCGUGGGGUCUGAUGGUAGAUUCAGCUUCUGGGACAAAGAUGCCAGAACAAAACUCAAAACUUCGGAGCAGUUAGACCAGCCAAUAUCGGCUUGCUGCUUCAAUCACAACGGAAACAUAUUUGCCUACGCUUCCAGCUACGACUGGUCAAAGGGACAUGAAUUUUAUAAUCCCCAGAAGAAAAAUUACAUUUUCCUGCGUAACGCAGCUGAGGAGCUAAAACCCCGGAAUAAGAAAUAGUGGCUGGAGCCCUGUGGGUCGUCCAGAGUGUUCUCUCCACUCUGCUUCGUCUGUGUGUGAACUUGGGUCCCAGCUUCGGUGGGUUGUCAGCCAUGAAUGUGGAUUUCAACCCCUGGAGGAAACAGUGUCGUCGUCCAGCAGUCAGGAGCCCAGCAGCUGCAGGGACUGCCCGUCUCCACUGCCGGCUGCAGCGUCCUCUGUCGCUGGAAGGGACAGAUUAUCACGGAAGUUCUUAGGUUCAUGUGGGCAGCCGCCAGGGAUUUUGCGGUCUUCGCUCAGCAGUGUGUGUGUUGGGGAACACUGGGCAGCGUCCUGAGAGCCUGUACUGUAUUUUAUAAUAAAGUAUUUUGAAGAUCACCUAAGCUCCCUUUGUGCGUCUCCUCUGCUCCGCCCCCCCCCCCCCCCCCGAAGCUCUGAGUGGCGGUCCUGCUCGGUGUCAUUUUGGGCUUUGACUGGUGGUUGCAGAGGCCCUUUGCACGUGCAGGGGUCUUUCCCCCCACCCCCGCUCCGGCCGGGAGAGCGGGGUCCCCGGCUGGGCCGCGGCCCUGGAGCAGUGGGGGGCAGAGUUUGAGCGUGUCUUGCCUUUGCUCUCUGCGUUCCCGUUUUUGACCUCCCCAUCUGUUCAGCUCUGCUGGGCGGAUGUCCUGGUGGCCAGAACAGAGUGUCCCUGCUCUGAGGGACAGGCCUCUGGGAGCAAAGCCCGGUGAGGGACACUCAUGUGGCCUUCAGGUUAGAACCCCAAGUAGAAGCCCUUUCCUCCCACCCCGCCCCCCACCAUAGUUCAGGGGUGUAGCUUUGUGAUUUUGUGGAAUUCAGAAUUUCUGAGGAGUGUCCAUAAUGACAAUCUUUUGUCUUUGACCCUGUGGUUCCAAAUGCUUCUUUUGCGUGACUCUUUGGGGCUGAUAUGUAAGCUGACUUGCCGAGUGUGGCAAUCUGGUGUUGAUAGUGCUGUAAGAUGUUUCCCUACUCAUAAAAGACAAAAUAAAGUUUUCUACUGCAAG